GUCCGAUCUGACAGCAGAAAACAUUUGCUGACAAGGAAAUGCUGGUACCUCUUGUUUUUGAUCACUGAUAUAAACUACACCUUGACUGACUUAAAAUACACUACUGCAGAACUCAGGAAACUACAUAAUAUCAUCACCCACAGAAUUGUGAAAAUGCAAUACUGCUAACAUAAAAACAGUUAUGUAAUCACAUGUUUUAGCUAGUUGUUGGAAUGUUAAAUUUGCUUUUGAUCUAAUAAAAGAAAAAAAAAGUUGAGAGUACCUGAAUGCUACACAUCCAAUUGCGCCUUUACAUACAUUAAAAUAACCUGCUGGUGACGUUAAUUAGUUUAGCAGGUAGCAAUUGGUUAUGGCCUCUGGAAGCAGUUCUGAAGGUGAAUGUGGCAGUAAAAGGGAGUCUAGGAUUAAAAAUCCUCGAUUUAAACAGACAGAAAACAAUCUGUUAAUUCAACUAUGUUUGCAAUACAAACAAAUAUUGUUUAAAUCAGGCCAUGGUGCUGCAGCCAAAAAGAAAAAACUCUGGCAGAAAAUAAGUAAUGAUGUUUCUGCAUUAGGGUUUCACAAAAGGCAAAGUAGAGAGUGCCAAAAACGCUGGUAUGAUAUACGUACAGCGAUUAAAAAUAAACAUUUUUCAUUCAACUUGAGACUUAAAAAUGCUGGAGAAGCUGCUUGCUCACCAUUAACCUCUAUUGAAAAAGCCAUAUGCUCAACCUUUGAUAUCCGUGGGGAAGAAAUCUCCAGAGGGGUAGGCGUAGCUGAACCUAAAAAAGCAAAAAAAAUAUUUAUUCCAUCAUCUCACUUGUCCUUGCGUGAAAAUGAAGAGACAGUUAAGAACCAGUCUGAUGACAGCAAUGAAUCUUUUGCAGCCUGCACCACAGACUUACAUGUUGAAUAUGUACAAACUGACAGUGAGACUACAAUGCCCAGAAAAGACAAAGAGGAUGAUGAGCUGCUAAAUCAGGAACAAACCACGUCAAUGACCGAGAGCUCUGAAUGGGAUCUGUCUACACAUGAAAAUAAACCAAAUCUAGAAGCAUUUGGGGAAAUUACAUCAGACCAAUUAUCAAAUCCUACUGAAAAAAUUGCAUCAAUGCAGGCUGGUUUAAUUAAAGAAAUACAAGAUGUUAAAGAGCUCAUAACUGUACAUUCCUCAGCACAAAAUGCACAUCUGGAAAUAAUAGCUUGCCAGUUAACCAGAAUUGCAGAUAUCAUGGACAAACGCAGUAUAUCGACAAACAAAGCAACUCAGACAUAGCGAACUGAGCUACCAUAACAUGCAAGUUUAUCCACAUAUCAAAAAGAAUCUGCGGCAGGAAAUGAUAAAAUGGUGAUUUAUGGAAUAAGUCAAGAGCAAGGUCUCGCAUUUAAGAAUAAACAUCUGUUGAGAUGACAUGAAAAGUGGUAGUGCAUGUGGGCGAAGAGGUGGAGAAGGUAAUUGAGGACGUUGAGAGGGAGAAUUUGAAUGUGAUUCAUUUAUUAGCAGGUAACAUAUCUCUCCAAUUCUAGCCUGAACAGACUCGUUUUUUAUCCUAGCAUAAGGGUUUGAAUGUAUAACAAAUUAAUAAUAAAAAUUGAGUUUUUGAAUGCCUUUAUGUUUUGACCAUUGACCUUGAUUUUAUGCAUGUUGAAAAAAAAAAAAAAAAAAAAAAAAACCCACUGAUGAAAUAUGUUUAGUUUUUGUAUUAAGUCAUUUUAUGGAACCUAUGACUGGGAAGGAAAACUAACAGAUAUUUUGUACUGCUACUUUAUAGGCCUAACCCAAGCCUCUAGAUGAAGAGUAGCAGAUGGGUUUCA